CGUUGUUUACGAAACCGAUCAGUCCGCGCUCGAACGUCACCACCGCAACCGCUGUCCACCGCGCGUGAUACCGCCCGGUCAGGCAGUGCACCGCUCGUCGUCGUCGCGAUACGUUCCAAACUUCCAACCCGUCGCGUUCGAUUCGACAGUCGUACUGUGCGCGCGUGUGUCCCCGUGCGUGCGUGUGUGUGUUUGCGAGUGCGCGCGCGCGCGCGCUCUCUUGUUUUCGCGUGCGUCUACGUGUGUGCGUGUGCCCGCAACCCGCCGAGAGAUAUCGGGAGACAAAAUGGCGUCAGUUUCAUGAUAGUGCGAUUUGUGUACCUUCCGCAGCGGUUAGGCUUGUGCCGACGGUUUUUUUUCGAUUUCUUCGCCCGCACCGUCCGCCACCAAAAACGAACUCGUAUUAAAUGGCUGUCCGUCGACCGCCUUAUUGCCGUACGUCCGUCUCGGUGUAAACCAACUCCUAACGCACACGGCUUCUCGGCAAUGGUACGCGCGAAUCGUGCGACGGCUGCCCCGUGCACCAUGUAGUCAUCUAAUCGCCUAUAACCGCCGUUUAGCGCAGUGUCUCUUGUUAUUGUUUAUUUCUCCGUCUCUAUUUCUCUCUCUUUCUCUCCAUCACUCUCCGUGUCGAAACCUCUCCGGUGGUGUCUAUUGUUGUUUCGUUCCGAAGUUUUUCCGAUUGUUUUCACGUGACGGAAAAACCGAACCGUACAAUCGUUGGAAAUACUCUUCCAAUUCAAACAGCAAAUAAUGAUGGCGGCAUACAAUCAUUAUGGUUACAAUAGUUUAAAAAACGAUCAGACCAACAAACGGCUGAGGACCGACUACGAUCGAGAGUCGCGCACCAACAGUUCCGUGUCCUCGUACGAGGAUGGUCGUCGCAAAAGCGCCGAAACUCAACCCAAUCACAUACUGCUAUUGACCAUUACUAAAGUGACGUAUCCCAUCAACACUGAUGUCAUCCACACCAUAUCCAAAGACCAUGGUAACGUGCUGCGCAUAGUCAUAUUUAGGAAACGCGGCGUACAGGCCAUGGUGGAAUAUGAAGAAGUGGACCAAGCCGUCCGAGCCAAACAACUGAUGGACGGUGCUGAUAUAUACCAAGGAUGCUGUACACUGAGAGUCGAGUAUGCCAAACCUUCCAAGUUGAAUGUCUACAAAAAUGACUCUGAAACAUGGGAUUACACUACACCAAACCCUAAUGAGAAAAAAACUGCACCUUUGUUACCGGACCCUCCGAGAGCUCCACUUAUUUCUACUCGGCCUACAUUCCCUCGAUUCGAUUUUGAAUGCCGGGGUGGACUGUUAUCCACACCCCAUGAUUUACCUAAUAACAAUUACGGUGAAAGCUAUCCAGCAACUCCUGGACGUUGUGUAUUAAUGGUCUACGGUUUAGAUCCAGAAAAGGCAAAUUGUAAUCGUCUUUUUAAUUUGUUUUGUUUGUACGGAAAUGUAGUCAAAGUGAAAUUUCUUAAAAGUAAGGAAGGUUGUGCAAUGGUACAAAUGGAUAAUGAAAUGUCAGUUGACCGAUGUAUGGACAAUUUGAAUAAGCUGACACUCAUCAACUGUAAUGUGUUGCAACUGCAAGUGUCGAAACAAAUGUUUUUAUCCGACAUUAUGGUACCUUAUGAUCUACCUGAUGGCACUCCGUCAUUCAAAGAUUAUUCCAAUUCAAAAAAUAAUAGAUUCCAUUCAAAUUCAAAUGGAAAAAACCGGCGUCAAAACCCAUCCAGUGUGUUGCAUUUUUUUAAUGCCCCACCAAACAUAUCAGAAGAUGAUUUAUCCCAGACAAUAAGCAAAGCAUUAAAAGAUGUUGACCUCCAAAUGGUUAUUAAAAUGUUUCCUCCUAAAGGUACUGAAGCACGUAGUUCAUCUGGGCUCAUUGAGUUUACAGAAAUGGCUAUUGCUGUAGAAGUUGUGAUGGUUGUCAACCAUUGGCCGAUAAAAUGUGAAUCGUCCAAGUUUCCGUACUUACUCAGACUAUGUUUUUCAUCAUUGCCCAAAGGAAUAGCGAAUGCAGAGUUGGCAGAGUGACAUUGUGCUGCUUAACGAACUACCGUAUCUCAUGUUUGUCAAUUAUUACUAUUUAGUGCAUAUUAUCGGGUUAUUUUUUUUAUUUUUUAAAGAGAAAUCGACUAUGUUUCACAUUUCCUAUUAAUAAGUUAAAAGGACUAUGGUUAAUACCUGCCACCCCCUUAAAAUGUCUGUCUUAUAUUUAAUAUCAAAUUUAUUUUUUUAUUUUUAUUUUUUUUUUCUGUACAUGUAUUAUUAUUUUUAUUAUUAUUAUAAUUAUACUACUGUAGACUUGUCAAUUAUGAAAAUCAAACCAUAUCUUCACCAUUAUUAUUUCUGUUUAUAAUCUAUACUAUUGAGUACUUAUUUCUUAUUAAGUUUAUUUCAGAAUACUCUGAAAUUAGUGAUAAGGGGUGGGACCAAAACCAUAAUCUUGCCAAUACAUUGUCCUAAUAAAGAGUUUGAAACAUAUUUUUUUGUCACAAAAUGCUAAUGAUGCGUGCACACUUAAUAUUAUGAUACUGAAAUAUAUAUGAUUCCUAUUAUUAA